AUGUCGGUCUCUCUCGAUCACGUUAUGACAGUUCUACCUUUACGCAAACCACACACUAAACUCUGGGCCAAGAGGAGGGCGGAUCUUACAGAUGGAAGAGAAAGUCAAAUAAAAGACGUUUUAGCCAAGAUCGAAGAUGUGGACGACCGCAAAACUUAUUUAUUGCCAUCACCAGGAUACACUAAAGGAGGAAAUGAAAACCGGCCGCUCGUGAGCUGUCUGAAGGGUUAUUUAAGAGAAUCUCCGGGUAUGUAAGUAGAGUCUUAAGUUUAUGCCAGCGUGAUCACCCUGUCCAGAUCAAAGUUUUGUUUGAAAACUAGCAUCCCUAUAGAUACUAAGGUAGGAUGCUGAGUGCUCUUUCAAUUCAAGCCGCCAUAAAAGUGUUGUCAAACGUACCCUCCAAUUAUUUGAGAAUCGGCCCGUCUAGAGAAUUCUUGCUCUAUCGCUUUGCCCCUGACAGCCUAUGUGUGCCACAUAUUUCAUCGAAUAUGUUUCGAACGUUAAGAGCAUCUCGGUAGCUGAUUCCAAUCAAUGAACUUCUUCCUUAAAUGCUCUUGAUAUUCGUUAUAUGAAUCAUGUCACUUUGUUGCCUCUUAGAGGCCUCCUUGAGGGAAGAAAGUCUUCCCCUCCCCCAGGUCUUGAGGGUCCUUCGCCUAUGGUCAGGGGUGCCUUGUUUUGGCGAUGUAACGUAGUGGUUGUGGGACGCCUUAUGCAGCCUGCGGGGUGUGACUAGUUGCUAUGAAGAGGGAAAAUAGCACCGACUUUUUUGCGCUGAAACAUAGAGGAUCAUCAGAAAGUAGGUUAAACUACACUCAAGAGACGUUGGAAAGAAUGUCAGGCUCUGUACCUAACUCCUUCUUUCGAGUAACGAAAAGCACCUACUGUGUUAGUUUCGAGAAGAGAAACUUGGUUUGGUUGCGAAAUAAAUCGCUAUUUUUUUCUUCGCGCGCCUAAUAAGCGAGAAUGCAAACGUCUCAGCGUCUCCUCCCAAAAGCUCUUGAACAGUAUUAAACCAUAUCAGCGUUUACGUUUACAUGGCAACUAGGACUGGCAACUCAGUAAUUAAAUUUAAGGAAGUACUGAUGACGUUUCAUUUGUUUCUGGUAGAUCCAUAGCUGAAAGACAUCACAGUUGAUGUUAUACAAUUCAGAUAAAGAUUUUAAGAAGUUCUUUUUUCUUUCAGGCCUUGUUAGAGCUCUGGAGGUGUACAGUCCGAAUAACGCGGCCACUGCAAAAUGGCGCUUGGGUCUGCAACCAUUAAGUGUUUACCAGCAAAGCCAGUUGGAAAAAUCUGUCCGGGAUUAUACACGACUGUACAGCGUGCAGCACUCCCCACCCUACACAACUUUAACUGUUCGCUGGCGAAACCACGGAGAAGAAAACUGUUAUACAGAGGAAUCUCUUCAAAAAAUUUUCAGCCACUUUGGUCCGAUAAGAAAGAUCAGUUUUCGGAGUGAUUGUAGCGCUCAUGUCGUAUUUGAAAAUGCGGAGAAUGCAUGCUCAGCUCUCAGCCUAUCAAAUUUAGGCUUUCCAAGGUGUCCCCUGCAUGUUCGCUGGCUACCAGAGGAAAAGAAGAGGCUGCUUUGGAGAAGAAAAGAUGCUAUUCCUAAGCCAAUGAAAUUAAAGGGUACUGUAAUCAAUGGAAGAAAGACUGGAAGUCUUAAAGAGUCACCCAAAUGGGGGAUUAGAAAGUCGCCCCAGGCUCUGACGCGCCACAGUCAAAUUUGCUGCACCGUUCAUAACAAUUCACGCAGUAGGGCACCAUAA